GCGGACUCCUGGCACAAUGCCCGGCUGCUGCGCUGCGCCCAAGCUCCAGCAGGCGAUGCCUUCUGCUUUGACACCCCGCCACCUCCCGAGUUUUCCAUUUCCAAGCUGAACUGGUGGCGGAAUGUGGCCAUCUACCGGAACGACUACGUGAACGAGACCACCCGCUUCGUAAGCCAGUGGGGCCUCGUGGGCCGGCCGGCGGUGAAUGAUGCCUGGACCAAGUGGAAGACCAGCAACCAGACAGCGCCGGCCUUGAGAUCCAACACGCGGGGUCGUGUCGCCUUCGCCAUGAACGCCGUGGUUUGCCAGGCCGGGCCGGAGGAUCCCUGCCGUGACCUCCGUCCAAACUGCACGGCUGAGGACUACUGCGCCCUGGGCUUCGCAACGGAGAUCUUCGUGAACUUUGCGAACAACUCGAGAUUGGAUCCUCACGGUUUCGCUCCCUUCGGCGAAGUGGAGGAGGGCAUGGAUGUGGUUGAUGACCUGGCACGAACUCUGGGACACCGCUACGGGGAGGUUCAAGAGUUGUGUCCACCCGAGCCGCCCGCCGAGACAUACUGCGUGUACCGAGAUGGGCAGCGUGCCGGGGUCAAUGCGACCAAGUUCCAAGCAGAAGGAAAUCCUUACAUCCGAAGGGACUUCAGAGAGAUGUUCCGGCUGAGGAUUCGUUCCUCCCGCGUCCACGUGGAACAUAGAGGCUAUGAAGAAACCCGUGCAACCUUGUAG